CAUAAAAUCCUCGGCCGCGAAUCGCCAGGCGGGGGUUUUUCAACGAUUGUUCUUAUUAUUUCUUUUAAAUUCUAAAGUACUUUGUUUUCCCCGCGAGGAGGGGGCUGGGGGGGAUCGAGGUGACGGGUUGGUUUUUUGUUGCGUGCGGCUGUUACCGUCGGGCGGCUCCGGGGCGGUUGCGCAAGGCGCCAAAUUCCGUGGUCGAGUCCGCCGAGGGUCCGCGCAGGCGCGUUGCGGCAGUCAGAGGUCGGAGAAGAUGGCGUCGACGGAUUAUAGUACCUAUACUCAAGCUGCAGCUCAGCAAGGGUAUGGAACCUAUGCAGCUCAGCCUGCCCAAGCAUAUGGACAGACAACCCAAGCAUAUGCACAGCAGAGUUAUGGAACCUAUACUCAGCCUACUGAUACAACAUACACUCAAGCGCAAACAACUGCAGCAUAUGGACAGACAGCAUAUGCUACUGCAUAUGGGCAACCUCAGACUGGUUAUAGUGCACCCAUUGCACCUCAGGCUUACAGCCAACCUGUGCAGGCUUAUAGUACAACUGGGUAUGACAGCACUGGUACUCCUCAAGCUACAUACGGUCAACAGCCAACCUAUGGUCAGCAACCCACCUAUGCUGCAUAUGGGCAGCACACAGCGACAACUGUUGCACCUACCAGAGCACAAGAUACGACUAAGCAAGAUGAUUACAGCCAACCGAGUACUGGGUAUGCGCAAUCCAAUGUAGGAUACAGCCAGACAAAUUAUGGAUACCCUCAAAUGAGUGUUCAUGGGACUUAUCCUCUUCAGCCUCCCAGUGCUCCCCCAUCUUUUCCUCCUACAAGUUACAGUAGCACCACUCAGCCUACUGCCUAUGAUCAGAGUUCUUACAGCCAGCAGGCAAGUUAUGGACAACAGGGGAGUAGCUAUGCACCACCACCCCCCCCAACUGGAGGAUACAGCCAGCAGCAACCACCUACAGGGUUUGGCCAGCAGUCUAGCUAUGGACAGCAAACAGACUAUAGCCAACAAAGCCAGUACAGUACCUAUAGGCAGGAGCAACCAUCCACUAAUAACAUGAGUGGGUAUGGACAAGACCAGGGUAGCUAUGGAACCUCAACCAGUAGCUCUGAAAACCGGAGCAGAAGUCGUGGAAGCUAUGAUCAAGGAAGCAGAGGAAGUAGUUACAGUAGAGGUGGUCGGAGUGGACGAGGUGGCAUGGGCGGUGUCGACCGGGGUGGCUUCAGUAAGCCUGGUGUAACAGCUGUAGAAGAAACUCCGGAGUCUGAACCAGUUACAGCAGCUGAACCACCACCACCACCUCCCGCUCCAGCUCCGGCCCCAACCCCAACACCAGCCCCAACUCCGACUCCAGCCCAGCAGGAAGAUGUGGAGAAUGAUACUAUUUAUGUGCAAGGUUUGGGGGAAAAUAUAACUCCAGAAAGGCUUUUGGAUUUCUUCAAGCAAACUGGUGCUAUAAAGAUCAACAAACGAACUGGACAGCCUAUGAUCAACAUAUUCAUUGACAAAGAGACUGGAAAACCCAAAGGUGAAGCCACUGUGUCAUACGAUGACCCUCCUGCUGCCAAGGCUGCUCUGGAAUGGUUUGAUGGCAAAGAAUUUGACUCAAACCCAAUCAAGGUUACUAUGGCCAAAAAGAAGCAGCCACCUCAGCCCCAACCCCAGCUCCAGCAGCCACCACCACCACUGUCCUUUAACAAUAUGCGAGGUAAUGUUCCCCUCCGUGAUGGCAGAGGUGGUGGGCUUCCUGGUCGAGGAGGUGAGAAUCUACAUUACAGACCAGGACCUAUGGGCCGUGGUGGAGGAGGAUUUGGUGGACGAGGUGGUCCACGUGGCCGUGGUGGACCUUCUGGGGGAAAUACACAGCAAAGAGCUGGUGACUGGCGAUGUCCUAACCCAACUUGUGGAAAUUCUAACUUUGCCUGGCGAACUGAAUGUAACCAGUGUAAGGCUCCAAAGCCAGAUGGCCCUCUCCCACCACCAUUCCCUCCAGGUGAUCGUGGUAGAGGUGGCCCCAUGAUACGUGGUGGCCGUGGUAUGGAUCGUGGGGGUUUCAGAGGAGGCAGAGGUGGGGACCGUGGUGGCUUCCGAGGAGGACGUGGUGGUGAUCGAGGUGGCUUUAGAGGUGGAAGAGGAAUGCUUGGAGGUCCCCCAAUGGGAGAACUAAUGGGUUUCAGAGGUGGACGUGGUGGACCAGGAAAAAUGGAUAGGAAGGGUGAUCGUCGUCAGGACCGUCGGGAGAGACCAUAUUGAAGUAGAUGACCCAUCUGGUUUUCUGUUUACUACAACAAAUAUUUUUUAAAAAUGUUUUAAAUUUGUAAUUCCGUAUUUAUAAUGUUGUUUGCAACAACAUUACGGCAAUAUUUCGGUAUUGUAUUAGUUUUUCAGUGGAUAUAGCCGAGUCAGGAAGUAAAUUUCAUGUUAGGGUGACUUUUCGCUUAAUUUUUACUUUUGUCAAGGUGAAUGUAAUGAUGUGAACGAGAUCCUGAAGAGCAUGCAAAACAAAAAUGUACAGUGCAUAGCUUUUGUUCUGUUUAUACUAUGGUGAUACUGCAAUAAAAAGCUGAGUCGCUCUGUUUAGUGUGGCUUCCUGAAGUUCUGCUGAAAGUAGCUUGAAAUAGCAUUCCAGUGUUGAGAGUAAAUACACAAGUUGCAAAGUUUGAAUGACACUGAAAUGAGCUUCUGCAGCUUCAUUAAAAAGUUCAACAGCUGUUUAAAAAAAAUUUGUUGCACGAGUCUCUUUGCAAAUUCCAUGUGCAGUUAUUACUAUAGAAAAUACAAAAGUACACUGGAUAUUUCUCAACAUCCCUGGCCCCUCAAAAUGACCGAUUUUGUAUAUUUUAAUGGACUUUGGCGGCUAAAUGAAAUGCUUAUGGAUGCUUAAUGGAUAAUGUGAAAACAUUUUCUGUUCGAGUUGUGGAGUACCCAGAUCUUUAGGUCACUUGAGCAAAUUUAAUCACUGGUUUUUCAGUGAUUAACACAUUUUAGCCAUGUUAAUUGUACACACAUUGCUGCUUUUCAGUGGUCAGUCUGGCUGACAACAGAUAUUCUGUACAUUUGACCUGUUAAAACUAGUAAUGGGAUUGAGCAUUCAGGUUUACUUUGACUUGAGUAUUGAUGUGGGCAUAUUCUGACACAUUUGACAAAUUGUGUUCUAUAUCUUUUAAACCUAGCUAUACCAAUUUUUUUUAGUUGCCUUAUCUCAAAUAUUAACUUGUCAGUGGUAGAUAUGGACUGGUAACCUGUCAUUUCAAUAAAUAUUUGACAUUCUGGUGCUUGAUAACUGUUGCAAAAUUAACUAUGGAUUCACUCUGGUCAGAAAUGGUGCACAUCAGUCAUUGGUAUAAGUCACUAUUUGAAGAUCUGGCUGCUGUAACGGAGAUUGUAUAUUUAAAAUUACAUCUGAAAAAAAUUUGUUAUGGUAAACAGCCUAUUGGAACAUUGAGGUUUGUAAGAUUGAGCUUCAUAGGCAUACUGUUUAAAUUCUCCUUUCACAACAAUUUGUUGAAUAUUGCUUAAAAUCCUAUGAAAUUUACAGUUACACUUGCAGAAUGUUGUAUAAUAAAGGUGAUGUGCAUUAUGAUUGUGAAUAAUGCUUGCCACACGUAGUCUAGGCACAAAGUAUAUAAAGUUGACUGUCUGGAUCCAUUUCAAAACCCCACACACCAUUAGAGUUCUGUAUUGCUGUUAUUUUUCUAAGUGAUUAAACUUGAUUAAUAAAGUUUUUCUUUAUUGGCUGA